ACGAAGAAGAAAUCAAUGACGUCACGGCCCAGCCUGACGACGUGUCUACCUCCUAUCUCCUUUUCCUGUUGCUAAUAUAUGCCGCUCGGGCGUGGAUCGAAAUUACUUCCCGUUAACGUUACACCGCGUUGGCACAUAAUUAGAUAACGGCUCGUCACAUCUCCGGAGCGUUCGAAGACGGUGGAAGUACGUAAUCCGAACGGCGGGCCGACAUGGAGACGUGUAGAAACUCGUACAAGAAACAGAAGCUAAGUAACGCACCGCAAAACUGGGGGACGCAGCGGGCCACAAAUGUCACUUAUCAAGCGCACCACGUCAGUAGGAACAAGCGCGGCCAGGUGGUAGGAACAAGAGGAGGCUUCAGAGGAUGCACUGUAUGGCUCACUGGUCUCUCCGGCGCUGGGAAGACCACGGUGAGCAUGGCCCUGGAGGAGUAUCUUGUCUGCCACGGCAUUCCGUGCUACACACUGGAUGGGGACAACAUUCGCCAGGGCCUGAACAGAAACCUGGGCUUCAGCCCCGAGGACCGCGAGGAGAACAUCCGGCGUAUCGCCGAGGUGGCGCGGCUCUUUGCCGAUGCCGGCCUGGUCUGCCUUGCCAGCUUCAUCUCCCCGUACAGCAGGGAUCGUCUUAACGCCAGGAAGAUUCACGAAGCGGCGGGGCUGCCUUUCUUCGAGGUGUUUGUGGACGCCCCGUUGGACGUGUGCGAGCAGAGAGACGCGAAGGGCCUCUACAAGAGAGCCCGAGCGGGUGAAAUAAGAGGCUUCACCGGGAUCGACUCAGAGUACGAGAAACCCGAAGCGCCCGAGCUGGUGCUGAAGACCGAUUCCUGCAGCGUGAACGAGUGCAUCCAGCAGCUGCUUGACCUGCUUCAGGAGCGGGACAUCGUACCGGUGGAUGCUUCCUAUGAGGUGAAAGAGUUGUACGUGACAGAGAACAAACUGGACCUGGCCAAGGCCGACGCCCAGACGCUGCCCGCUCUUCAGAUUGGAAAGGUGGACAUGCAGUGGGUACAGGUGCUGGCCGAAGGCUGGGCCACGCCACUCAACGGCUUCAUGAGGGAGCGAGAGUAUCUUCAGUGCCUCCACUUUGACUGCCUGCUGGAUGGCGGUGUGAUCAACCUGUCGGUGCCGGUUGUGUUGCCGGUGGCUUCGGAGGACAAAGAGCGCUUGGACGGCGUGACGGCGAUGGCCUUGGUGUACGAGGGCAGGCGAGUGGCUAUCCUCCGCAACCCCGAGUUCUACGAGCACCGCAAGGAAGAGCGCUGCGCCCGCCAGUGGGGUACCACUUGUAAGACCCAUCCCUACAUCAAGAUGGUGAUGGAAAGCGGCGACUGGCUCGUCGGUGGCGACUUGGAAGUCCUGGACCGAAUCUACUGGAACGACGGAUUGGACCAGUACCGACUGACCCCCGCUGAGCUCAAACAGAAAUUUAAAGAAAUGAAUGCAGAUGCCGUGUUUGCCUUCCAGCUACGGAACCCGGUUCACAACGGCCACGCCCUCCUGAUGCAGGACACCCACAAGCGCCUGACCGAGCGGGGCUACCGCCGGCCCGUGCUCCUGCUGCACCCGCUGGGCGGCUGGACCAAAGACGACGACGUGCCCCUGCCGUGGCGGAUGAGGCAGCACGCCGCCGUGCUGGAAGAGGGUGUCCUAAAUCCGGAAUCCACCAUCGUCGCCAUCUUCCCCUCGCCUAUGAUGUACGCCGGGCCCACUGAGGUGCAGUGGCAUUGCCGAGCUCGAAUGGUAGCCGGCGCCAACUUCUACAUCGUGGGCCGCGACCCCGCCGGCAUGCCCCACCCCGAAACGGGGAAGGACCUGUACGAGCCCAGUCACGGGGCCAAAGUCCUCACAAUGGCUCCGGGCCUCAUCACACUGGAGAUUGUCCCCUUCAAGGUGGCUGCUUACAACAAAGUGAAGAGGGCCAUGGACUUCUACGAGGCCAAAAACCAUCAAGAUUACGAUUUCAUCUCGGGCACACGCAUGCGCAGGAUGGCCCGCCAAGGUGACAAUCCUCCGGACGGUUUCAUGGCGCCCAAGGCCUGGGCCGUGCUUAAGGAAUACUACAAAUCUCUGGAGAAGGCAUAGAAGGUGUUAGGCUAGGAAAACGGGGCACAAUGGGCGUUUCUCCAAAUUUCGUUCGAUUGCUAUUGAAACGGGCCAAUGUUGGGACCAUUCAGUUAUUGCUCAGCACAGUGCGUCUUUCUAUUCUCAUACUGUAUUUGAUUUAUCGAUGAGUCGGGUUUGGGCUUGUAUUAGAGACUCUGGGUCAAGAUCACUAUGAAGUGCCUUUGGUGUCCUCCUCAGAAUUACUGUCAUCAUGCAAAAGAGUGAAACUGUUGUAUGUGGCAAAAUACUUGCACACAAAAGUACCUUCUUAUACUCUCAAAAGUAUUCUGUUAAAUACGCUGUGUGUGGUAAGUGAUUUAUGAUGCCAAAUAAUUUCAAAGAAAUUUUAGCAAGUUAUUCGAUCAAACAAGUCAUCAAUAUAUGUAUUUUCAAUUCAUAUGAUUAUAUUGAGUAUUUUGUACAUAUCCCUGUAAUUGUUGUCCACCAUGUCAUUAAUUCCCCAAUUUCGGAUAACUUUUUUUCCGGAUUUUGAGUUACGUUACUAGUUGAAGAAAAAAUCUUGACACAUAUGCUUUAAAAUUUUCAUCAUAAUGUUCAGCAUGACAUUCAUGCAGUUGAACUUAACUCUGUCAUGGUGGGAAAUCAAUUGAUGUAACAACUGCAACAACUGAAAUUCAAAAUAAUUUUGCUAAGCAGUUAAUUUGUUAAGGGCAGCAUGUUGGUCCAAAAAGUGGUCCAAUAAGUACUCCUAAAACACUAUGAACCAAAAUUGUCCAUCCUGUCAACCAGCUGAAUUCUAACACCAGAGCAUCCAAUUGAAAAUGAAGUUCAGUAGAAAAUGUCAACUGUUUUUGUUUAAACGGGGACGCCUCAAAGGUACCUCAUAGUGAUAUCGACGCAGCUCUGGGCUUGGCGUUGUAUUCAUUGAGGGGCCAGAUCACAGCUAUGGUUAAAGGACAGUGGAGGACCUGAGGGCCACCUGAGAGUUUUAGGAUGUGUUGAUUAUUUUAAAGCUAGGAAAUGGGUAGUUCCUGCUUGGGUAGACUUUAAUGUUGGGACAUUAGUUUUGAUUUGGGGUUAAGUUAUGGUCUUUGGCUAUCUCACUCAAAAGUAGAGCUGAGUGUAUUUGUACUGUAAUCGUGUGUAUUAAUUGUAAAUGUUGAGUACCUUGGUCAAAUGAAAACAUGCGUACGUGAUGGAACCAGAAUAUGACCAGGACCAUGACACAAGUAUUAGUACUAGGAUACAUAUUCAUCACUCUGUUUCUAAUGUAUAUUGCUUUUCCUAACAAGAUAAUGUCUUAAGUACAUUUUGCAUGUCCCAGUGA